UUUCCAACGGUACCACAUAUGACAGGGCAGAAAUCUAGGAGAAAUCUACAGGCGCAUCAUGGACAAAGUGGAGUGAAAUGAACACCUAAAUGUGUAUUUUGACCAUAUUUUUUUUACUAGCAUGAAAGAAGACAUGUAAAGGAAGCAAAAUAUCACAAAAUCUCAAAAUUGAUCAGCGCUUGGAAAAACGCUGUUUUCACCUACCGUGUCUCGCCUUAAGUUUCAUUUUCUUAGGUUUCAUUUACUCUCUAAAGCAACAAGACAGCGAGAACAGUAACUGAGCAAUCCCUGGUGAUUGGAGGCUUCAGGGUGCAGCAGAUGAAACCUGAGAAGCUGUGAUCACCAAACUUGUAUUUGCUGUCGGAGUUUGUAGGAAAUGGCAGCAGCAACUAUUUCUUUUGAACAAGACCAAUUUUGUUGUUCAGUUUGCCUGGAGGUUUUGAGAGACCCGGUCACAAUCCCCUGUGGACACAGUUAUUGUUUCGACUGUAUUGAAGACCACUGGAACCGGACCAAGCAGAAAGACCAGUACAGCUGUCCUCAAUGCAGGAAGGUGUUUAAUCCAAGACCUCUGCUGAGUACAAACACAGUUUUGGGUGAAGUAGUGGAAAAGUUUCAGCAAACAGGAUUUCAAGCUGCAGCUCAGCACUUGGCGAAACCUGAGGAAGUGAAAUGCAGUGCUUGUACGGGGAAAAAGAGCAAAGGUGUCAAAUCCUGUCUUGUGUGCUUGGAGUCUUACUGUGUGGCUCACUUAAGAGUCCACGAAGAACGCUUUCAUGGAAAGGUCCAUAAACUGAUCCCAGCUUCAGAUCAGCUUAGAGAGAAGUGCUCCCACAGUGUGAAAGAGAGACACAAGGGCCAUGACGUAGUCUCAGAUGAGAGGACAACACAACAGAUGGGCACAAUAUUCAACCUACUUGAGCAGCACAGACUGGAGUCCUACUACAAUCAGUUUCUUCAGUUGGGUGUUAAAGAUGAAAGAGAUUUCCUGGAUGGUGUGACAGAUGAAGAUCUAAACAACUUAGGUUUAAGUCAUGUGGAAAAGAACCGUUUUUCAGCUAUGAAAAACUUCAUUCAGAGACUCAGAGUUCCAGAGCAUCAAGUUCAAACUGUUAAAUCUCUGCAAAAAUCAAUGGAGGUGUUCUCUCUGCAGUACACAUACCCCAAAUGUCCUCAACCAAAACCUAUUAAAGAUAUCGAUCCAGCGCAAAACACAAUUGAAGAUCUGAUGUUAAGGAUCUGUCAUCUUGAAAAUGUUGGCAGCACCAAAGGAGUCUGUCUCUACACAAUUGAUGGGAUGCCUUUGACAGAUGAUCCCUUCUUCAACACAUGGUCUUUGAAAGACAGGCACAUUCAAAGUGGAGCUGUGAUCUAUGCCAUAUUUACACGAAAGGAAAACCUGGAAUAUGCCCGUCAAAUGCCAAAGCAAGAGUUUGGUAAAACUUUUGGAGAGGACACCAUUCGAUGCCACAUCAUGCUCAAGGGAGACUUCGACCUGAUGGUGAACUUACAAACCGACACUUUAACCAGUCUGAGGCUCAAGUUGUCAAAUGAAACUGGAAUCCCAGCACAUGUCCUUCAGUACAAAGGACAACGCUAUCAUGGUGACACACUACAAAGCUGUGGAAUCUCUGGGGGGUCAACAGUUGCCUUCUCUUUAUCCACGUUUUGUGAUGAGGAUCCAUACAAUGAGACUUUCUUCAUUAAUGACAUUUUGCCAUCAGUCCAACAGACCCAGAAAGGAAUCAGUGUGUUCCUGUCCUCACUUUAUGCUGUUAAAAACCACCAUUCCAACACAAUACAAAAUAAAUUGAUUGCCUCCGUAAGAAAACUGACUGGAUGUAACCCUCUGGCCCAAAGUUUGCACCAGUUACUCUGCAGGAAUGAAAAGAUGACAAGGAUCCAGAAGAUUGCAGUUUUUGAAGGCUUGUACAUGCUCUUCAGAGAGCUUUUGCCCCAACAUGGAUCUGAACGUGGAGAAAAAGUCAUCAAGGACCUGGAUGUCUUUGAGAAUUCAUUGUACUGCUGGGCAUAUCUUCUUUCAAGAGCAAAGAAACAAGCAUCAGCCCAUGAGAACUACGCACUUAUCACUCUUACAUCUGAAGAUAACAGCCGUUUCUGUGAACCAGUUAGAGUACCUGGAGUGCCAGGUACCUUUGAACGAGCGUACGUUCUCCAGAAAAUCAAAGAUGGAGACAAAAUUCCAAACUGCACUGAAGAGAUUUUGCGAGAAACCUCAGUACAGAGAGCUACUGACAUUGAGAAAAUCUUGCUCAGCUUGGCUCCAUCAUUCAGAACAUAUCCUCUCUGGAUUCAUCAUGACAAGACCACUGGUCAGAACUUUCAGGUCAAUAUUCAGAGAACUUUUGGAAGUAUGGUUGAAAGAUUGAAAACUUUCCCUCACCUCAAUAUGACCCCACCUCUACGUCUGAAGGAUCUAGGACAGACAGAGGUUCGCCUUGUUCUGCUGAGUGAAGACAACCUUGGUGUUUAUCUGUAUAAAGACAAAGGAUCCGCAGAUAUGAUCAGAGUGCACGAUUGUCUGGAUGGCAAAGAGAAAACGUUGGAUGUGAAUGUACUGGCAGCCAGGACCGGUGACCAUAGAGAUGACCAAUCACUUGUCACAACUAGGACUCCAAAAGAGGCCAUACUGGUCCUGAUAGACACAAGUUCGUCCAUGGACGAGGAGUGCUACAGAAAUACAGGAAUAAAGAAAAUUAACGCUGUGAAAGAGCUCUUUGACAACUUUGCGUCAAGAAGCAUGGCUUAUGAUUUCCAUCAUGUCAUUGGCCUUGUGAAGUUCAACUCCAUGGUGAAAACUCUUCACACAUUUACUGAAAAUCUGGAAAAGUUCAAGGAGCACAUACGUAACCUUGAGCCAAAUGGGUGUACUCUGCUGUAUGAUGCCCUACGACGUGCAGUGUCUGAGUUAGAAAAGGUCAAGACAAAGUUCCCAGAUUGUAGACUUCGCGCGAUGUGUCUCACUGAUGGAAAUGAUUCUGGAUCCUCGAUAGAGCCAGUUGCAGUUACAGCCAAACUGCUCAAAUGUGACAUCAUUGUAGAUUCAAUCCUUCUUGGAGAUGUGGAGAACAACAUGCUGCACGGAAUCAGCAAUGCAACAGGUGGUUGCUGUUUCAAACCGCACACAACCAAAGAGGGUUUGAAGCUGUUUGAGAUUGAGACAGUUCUGUCUUUGGAGCAGAGGAAACCCAAGAAAAAACUUGACCCAUCCUCUAUCAGUGAGCAUGCUUUAAAAGGCAUCUUUGCAACUCAUGGAUAUGAUGAAUAUCCAGAGACAUCUUUACCAAGCCAGAUGAACAACAAAGUAACAGGGACAGAGAGUGCUCUGAAAAAGCGGCUUCUGGAGUCGAAGGACGAGCGUUUAAUGGAGAAGGACAAACGUGUCCUGGAGGAGCUGAAGAGCCUGCAUUGUGACCCUCAUCCCUUCUUCAGAGUCUUUCCAUCAGAGUCAGACUUUAUGUUCUGGAGGAUUCUCAUGCAAGGCCCUCCUGACACACCGUAUGGAAAAGGUGUGUUUGAGCUGUACUGCCAGUUUGGUCCUGACUACCCAGUGAAGCCUCCACUUGUUCGCUUUGUCACAGGAGUGUACCACUGCAAUGUCAACAGCGUGGGCCGCAUCUGCCACAGCAUAUUUGACCGUAGCUACAAUGCCCAUAUUACCAUGAGAGAGAUCUUUGAUGCUGUGUAUGGACUGCUCAUCAUCCCUGAGCCUGACGAUCCACUGGACAGCGUUUUGGCUGAGGAGUUCCUGACAAACCGUGAGACGUAUGAACAAGAAGCCAAGAAACACACAGAGCAAACUGCAGGACAAUCGCUGGAUGACAUGGAGAAGAAAUUGUUGGAUUCUGUGCCACAGUUUAUACCGCGACAUCUAAUCUGUCCACUCACCAAGAAAAUGUUUGUUGAUCCUGUGAAAACCGUGUAUGGCACUGUGUAUGAACGCAAGGCCAUUGAGGAACACCUCAAGCAACACAAGCAUGACCCUAUGGCUGGCCCAGGACAUGACCUUGAGCUUAGCGACCUUACAGCAGACUGGGAUAUGAAGAAAAUGGUGAUGGAUUAUCGAUCUCAUCAAAUUCAGUGAAUCUUUGGAGAAAAACGUUGGAGUUAAAGCUUUGUAGUUUUGUGUUGGUGUUAAAAGGAAAUUAACCAGUUACUCUUCAUAUUUUACUAUCUAGUUCAUCUUAUUUAAUCUUCCUUUAAAGCCUGUCAUGUUGAAAAUGCAUAUUUCUGAGCACAACAUGCAAUAGCACACAAAUUAUGAGUGGUUUGAAUUGUGUUUAUUGUAUAUAACUUGUCAGCUAUUGUCAGUGACAUGGUGCUUCUCUCACACGAACCCCAGAAAAUUACCCAAUUAGAAAAGUCUGAAUACAUUCGCACUAAUUUGUCCCUGAAAAUUGGUUUAAUAUGUACUUGAUAAGCCUAUUCGUGUAUAGUAUAUGUCUUUCCUAACUUUUCCACAUUUUGAAUUCAUUAUCACAUAAUUUGAUAAGCGAAUGCAAUUCUAAAAACGUAAAUGUCAUAAUAAUAAACUUAAUGUAGGCUCAAAUGUUUCUUACUGAAUAUAAAAGUGAAUCUUUGGCUAUUUUGACCAGUUGUUUUUGUCCAGACGGGACCACUAAGUGGACAGUGAUAGCAAUUUGGGUUUCUCUGCUGUCUGACAUAAUUAUUUAGAGAUGAUUAUUGCUUUGAUUUUUUUGUGGGUUGGUCAAUAUUUUUUCCAUAUUAUCAGUUAUGUCUAUGCACAGUUUUGCUACUUAAGCAAUUAAAAAAAUUAUGAAUCACUUUGUAUUGUUGAAUUAAAGUUCAAGUUUACUGUUUGUCUCACUAGUGAUUACAUAAGAAUAAAGCAU